AUGACGCCGGCCGCUGCAGCCCUCCCACGGGGGCUGGCACCCGGGGACCUCGGCGUGCGCCCGCGCCCCCGCGCCAGCGAGGCCGGUGGGCAUCCCCGGGGCGGGGGCGGCAGGGGGGCGGCCGGCGAAGGGGCGGGCAGCGGCGGCAGCAGCCGCAGCAGCAGCCGCGCCACCUCGGCCGGCUCGUCGCCGUCGGGCUCGUGGGCGGCCCGCGGGGCCGGGGGCCGGCGGCUGGAAGGGGGGAGCCACAGCAGCCCCGGCUCGGUGGCCGCCAGCCCGUGCGGGGCGGCCGGCCGGAGGCGGGAGCCGGCCCUCGAGGGCGUGCUCAGCAAGUACACCAACCUCCUCCAGGGCUGGCAGAAUAGGUACUUUAUGCUGGAUUUCGAGUCUGGGAUUCUGCAGUAUUUUGUGAACGAGCAAAGUAAGAACCAGAAACCCCGAGGGGCCCUGUCUUUAGCCGGAGCCAUAGUGUCCCUGAGUGACGAAGCCCCCCACAUGUUGGUAGUCCACUCUGCCAAUGGAGAGGUGUACAAACUGAGAGCUGCUGAUGCUAAAGAAAAGCAGUGUUGGGUGACUCAACUCCAGAACUGUGCCAAGUACCACAUGGAAACUCAUUCUAAGAGCCCUCCAAGCUCACGGAGCCGAAGCCUGACUUUGCUCCCCCACGGAACAUCUAAUUCGUCAUCCCCCAGUAGCCAGAGACAUCUCACCCCCGCGCCCCCCACGGUGGUCACCGUCACCCACCACAAGUCACCCGCUGCUGCCCGAAGAUCAAAGAGUCACUAUUCCGCCCAGCUCCAUGACGUCCGCGAGAUGAUGAGCCAAGUGGAAGGGCAGCAGAAAACCCUCGUGCGAGCCAUCGAGGCCUUGCCGUGCUCGGGCCCCCUCACGGCCCUGGACCAGGACUUGUUGCUGCUCAAAGCUACCUCGGCCGCCACCCUGAGCUGCCUCGGAGAGUGCCUGAGCCUGUUACAACAGAGCAUACACCAGGUGGGCCAAUAUAGCCACAGGACGGGGCCUUCAGAAAACCUGGCAUGGCGCGGCCCCAAGUCGCAUUCCACAGAUCAGCUGAGAAACGGGGCGGUGGGCUUGUGGCCCUCCUCCAGCACCAGCAUCAUGUGGGCAGCCUUACCUGACUCCGCUGGAAGCGAAGACGUGCGGCCCAAGCCAGAGCCCAAGGCUGGGUCCAGUGUUGUUCUGAUAAAUGAGGAGGAAACUGAUAGUGAUGAAAAUGGGGAGGAUAUGCCAGGACAGCCGGAGGACCACCACAAUGUCGUCAUCCACCUGAUCUCACAGCUCCGCUUUGGAAUGGACCUCACCAAGGUUGCGCUCCCCACCUUCAUCUUGGAGAAAAGGUCCCUCCUGGAGAUGUUUGCCAACUUCAUGGCCCACCCAGACAUGCUGCUGUCCAUCGGCUCCGGGGCCACCCCGGCCGACAGAGCCAUCUCCUUCGUGGAGUACUACCUGACGUCUUUCCGCGAGGGCCGCAAGGGCGCGGUGGCCAAGAAGCCGUACAACCCCAUCCUGGGCGAGACGUUUCACUGCUCCUGGGACAUCCCCAAGGACCGCGUCAAGCCUUUGCCAAGAAAGCGGAAGGCCAAGGCCCAGGAGGCCAGUGAGCCCCGGUCGGGACGGUACAAACUGACCUUUGUGGCCGAGCAGGUGUCCCACCACCCACCGGUGUCGUGCUUUUACUGCGAGUGCAAGGAGAAGGGAAUGUUUGUGAACACCUACGUGUGGACCAAGAGCAAAUUCAUGGGAAUGUCCAUAGGGGUGUCCUUGGUGGGGGAAGGCGUUCUGCGGCUUUUGGACUAUGGGGAAGACUACGUAUUCACGCUGCCUAGCGCAUAUGCCCGCUCGAUUCUGACCAUCCCAUGGGUGGAGCUUGGCGGGAAAGUCACCAUGGAUUGCGCCAAGACUGGUUACACUGCGCUAGUCACCUUCCACACCAAGCCUUUCUACGGAGGCAAAAUCCACAGAGUCACGGCGGAAGUGAAACACAAGCCCACCAACACCGUUGUGUGCAAGGCCCAGGGUGAAUGGAACGGCAUCUUAGAGUUUACGUACAGCAACGGAGAAACCAAAUUGGUCAACACAGCCUCUUUGCCCGUCUACCCAAAGAAGGUCCGACCCCUUGAGAAACAAGGCUCCAUGGAGUCCAGGAACCUGUGGCGCCAAGUGACCGACGCCAUCAAGCUGGGCGACAUGAGCUCGGCCACGGAAUUCAAGCAGCACCUGGAGGACCGGCAGCGCAAGGACGAGCAGCAGCGAGCUGCCGGCAGCCGGGAGUGGCAGCCAAAGUAUUUUAUCAAGCAGGGUGAAGGUUGGAUGUAUGUGGAACCUCUGUUGAAAGUCCAGUGAUGAGGAUCAAAUGCAG